CUCUGACUCUCAGGUUACUGUAGCAAAGCAAACAGCAUUGAUAAACCAGCUAUAUCUGUUAGCAAGCUGGAGCUAAACAUACCGUCUAACGGAGAGCUGCUUUACAUGGGAUUUAUUAGAUCGCAUUACAUUUUGCUGGAGCAUGGCAUGGCUGGUUCUCUGAUGUGAAAGAGAUGGACUAUUCCUUUAAACCAGGGUGGAAGUAUCAGUUUUCCCAGAAACUGAAAUACUGACAGUAAACUGAGGCGAUUGGAGGCUCUUGUAAUUUGGAGCUGAGAAUCAGAUUAUUUUACUUCCUUAUCUGCUUUAAUAUUCUCUCCGUGUGUGGUAUGAUGGCAACCCUCAUUCAGUCUGUGCUGCAUCACUGAUCAUCUCCGCUGGAUCCGAAAAUGGAGAGAAAACGCAGAAAGAAAUGAAAGCAUAAGCUAUGCAUUCCCCAGACCUCUCAGAGUUCUGGAUCUGAAGCAGCCCACAAUCUCCUUCUCUGUUUCAUCACCCUUUACUUAAUUCCAGACACAUUUAUUCAGUGAUUUAUGAAGCACAGACACUUUUAAACUCCUUUGGAUGGUUAUGAACUGAACCGGAGUAUGGACACCAUGACACUAACAGCGGUGUGGCUCCUCGUGGUUGUAGCCCUGCUGGCGGGGUAUGUGCCCCUGGCUGGCACUGAGGAAGAGCGAACCAUCUUCAGCUCUUCUUUCUCCACGGACGGGUUCUCGAGCUCGAACUGCUCUCAGCUCACCCUCAAACUAGACUUCUCCUCCAAAGUAGUGGAGCAUGAGUAUAUAGUAGCAUUUAAUGGGUACUUCACGGCAAAGGCACGCAGUCACUUCAUCAGCAGUGCCCUGCAGAACGCCAAGGCAGUGAACUGGAGAAUUGUGCGACGUGAAAACCCGGCCAGCGACUACCCCAGCGACUUCGAGGUGGUGCAAAUCCGACAGGAUGCACACAGCAGUCUGCUUACGCUGCAGGACCACCCCUACAUCAAGAGAGUCACCCCCCAGCGCAAGGUCUUCCGUACACUCAAACUGCUCAACGCUGGAGGUGAUAGCAGCUCCUCCUGUAAUGACACACGCUGGACACAGAAGUGGCAGUCAUGGCAGUCAUCUCGGCCACUGAGGAGGACUAGUCUGUCUCUGGGCUCGGGGUUCUGGCACGCCACAGGUCGCCACUCGAGCCGUCGCCUGCUCAGGGCCAUCCCCCGCCACGUGGCCCAAAUCCUGCAAGCUGAUGUGCUGUGGCAGAUGGGCCACACAGGCUCGGGAGUGAAGGUGGCUGUAUUUGACACUGGACUUAGUGAAAAGCACCCACAUUUUAAGAAUGUUAAAGAGAGGACCAACUGGACCAAUGAGAAGACACUGGAUGAUGGUUUGGGCCAUGGCACCUUUGUGGCUGGAGUUAUAGCCAGCAUGAGGGAGUGUCAGGGCUUUGCUCCUGACUCUGAGUUGCACAUUUUCAGAGUCUUCACCAAUAGUCAGGUGUCCUACACUUCUUGGUUCCUGGAUGCCUUCAACUAUGCCAUCCUGAAGAAGAUCAAUGUCUUGAACCUCAGCAUUGGUGGGCCAGACUUCAUGGACCAUCCAUUUGUGGAUAAGGUUUGGGAGCUCACUGCAAAUGGGGUUAUCAUGGUGUCUGCUAUUGGGAAUGAUGGCCCUCUCUAUGGUACUCUAAAUAACCCUGCUGAUCAAAUGGAUGUGAUUGGGGUCGGAGGAAUUGAUUUUGAGGACAACAUUGCCCGGUUCUCCUCUCGGGGCAUGACAACAUGGGAGUUGCCAGGUGGCUAUGGCAGGGUGAAGCCUGACAUUGUGACAUAUGGCUCUGGAGUCCGUGGCUCUGGGCUGAAAGAGGGCUGCCGCUCUCUGUCUGGCACCAGCGUGGCCUCUCCCGUGGUGGCCGGCGCAGUCACUCUUCUUGCCAGUACGGUGUUGAAUCGAGAGCUGGUAAACCCAGCCAGUAUGAAGCAGGCUCUGAUUGCAUCGGCUCGCAGGCUCCCUGGAGUCAACAUGUUUGAACAGGGCCAUGGCAAACUGGACCUGCUCCGAGCGUACCAGAUCCUCAACAGCUACAGACCCCAAGCCAGUCUCAGUCCAAGCUACAUAGACCUGACAGAAUGCCCCUAUAUGUGGCCCUACUGCUCCCAGCCCAUUUACUAUGGCGGCAUGCCGACGAUCGUCAAUGUAACCAUCCUGAAUGGCAUGGGUGUGACUGGCAGGAUUGUGGACAAGCCCAUCUGGCAGCCUUAUCUGCCCCAGAAUGGGGAUCAUAUUGAUGUGGCUGUGUCUUACUCGCCUGUGCUGUGGCCGUGGGCUGGCUACCUGGCUGUCUCUAUAUCUGUGGCCAAGAAAGCGGCAUCCUGGGAGGGAAUCGCUCAGGGUCAUGUGAUGCUCACUGUGGCCUCACCUGCAGAGAAUGAUUCAGCAGUAGGAGGGGAAAUAACCUCCACAGUGAAGCUGCCGGUGAAGGUGAAGAUCGUGCCCACACCUCCUCGCAGUAAGAGGGUGUUAUGGGACCAGUAUCACAACCUGCGCUACCCACCUGGCUAUUUUCCCCGAGAUAACCUGCGCAUGAAGAAUGACCCGCUCGACUGGAAUGGUGAUCAUAUCCAUACCAACUUUAGAGAUAUGUACCAGCACCUCAGAAGUAUGGGGUACUUUGUUGAAGUUUUGGGUUCACCCAUUACAUGUUUCGAUGCCAGUCAGUAUGGGACUCUGUUGAUGGUGGACAGUGAGGAGGAGUAUUUCCCAGAGGAGAUCACUAAGCUGCGAAGGGACAUAGAUAAUGGUCUGUCGCUCAUCAUCUUCAGUGAUUGGUACAACACCUCAGUUAUGAGAAAAGUGAAGUUCUACGAUGAGAACACCAGGCAAUGGUGGAUGCCGGACACAGGGGGCGCCAAUGUCCCAGCAUUGAAUGACCUCAUCUCUGUAUGGGGUAUGGCCUUCAGUGAUGGACUGUACGAGGGAGACUUCACAAUGGCAGAUCAUGACAUGUACUAUGCCUCAGGCUGUAGCAUUUCACGUUUUCCAGAGGAUGGGCUCGUUAUUGCACAAACCCUAAAGGAUCAAGGACUAGAGGUGUUAAAACAAGAGACUGCGGUGGUGGAUAACGUUCCAGUGCUUGGAUUAUACCAGACACCCUCAGAAGGAGGAGGUCGCAUUGCACUGUAUGGAGACUCUAACUGCAUAGAUGACAGUCACAGGCAGAAAGACUGUUUCUGGCUUCUUGAUGCUCUGCUGCAGUACACAUCUUACGGUGUGACUUCACCUAGCUUCCUCCACUCUCAAAACAAAGUGCCAUCUCCUACAGGCAAUGACAGACCUCUGCCAGAGAGGCUGGAGGGUAAUCACCUCUACCGCUACUCAAAAGUGCUAGAGGCCCACCUGGGUGACCCAAAGCCGCGCCCUCUACCUGCCUGCCCUCACUUGUCUUGGGCCAAACCUCAGCCACUUAAUGAAACGGCUCCCAGUAACCUGUGGAAACACCAGAAGCUGCUUUCUGUGGACAUGGACAAGGUGGUGCUACCCAAUGUAAGGUCAUAUCGACCCCAGGUCAGACCUCUGUCACCAGGGGAGAGUGAAACCUGGGACAUUCCUGGAGGUAUAAUGCCAGGUCGCUAUAAUCAGGAAGUGGGUCAGACCAUUCCCAUGUUUGCUUUUCUGGGUGCCAUGGUCGUGUUGUCCUUCUUCGUGGUACAGCUGACUAAGUCCAGGAGCAAGCCAAAGCGCAGGAAACCACGCAUUAAAAGGCCCACCUAUCUCCAACAGCAGCAGCAGCUCCCUCACACAGGCAAAAACCCUACAGUGUGACAUUGCCUUGCUCUGAAACCGUAACACACUGAGACUUUAAGGUGGUGGAUUAAAUUUGCUACAGACUAAAUUGUCAUGUGACACACAGUGCUUAUGAAACUGCCAUCUUGACCUCCAUUUGUGGGGUUUUCCUAUGGACAUCGAUGUUCCUUUCUCCAAAAGAAACUUUCAUUUCAAUGACCAAAAUCAACCUUUUUUUAAAUUUAUUGACAAUGUUUGAUGAUUUCAGCCCUUGAUAUGUAUGUCAAAAUGGACAGCCAUGAAAAAAACAAUUUAUUACACAAAGUGUAAAGUUCUGGAUAUUUUUAAAUACCUUUUUCAUACCUCUUUGUCUUCAUAGUCAAUAUUUGGGAUUGAGUCAUUUUGUUCUUUAUGUCCUGUUUGUGUUUUUAUAUAAUAAGCUUCUGAUAAUUUUGUAAAUAGCAAUCAUGAUUUUUCACCUUUGUUGGUGGGCUAGCAUUAAAAAUGUCAUCUGCAAUAAAGCAUUACACCUGC